AUGGCGUCCUCCACAACGGCUCUUCCGCCAACCUCUCCGUCGGCGCGAGGCCAGGUCGCGGCAACUUCGGUCACCUCUUUCUCGGUGUCACUGCCUGUAUGUUGCUCCGUGCGCCUUUCAGCGACUCGGCUUCUCGACAUCGGAUGCUUCAUCCUGCGCGGCAGUGGCCUUCUCGUCGCCGAUCCCCUUGCGGUCGGGGGCAUCCUCGAGGGCGCCGCGGCCGGGGCUGGCGGUCCGCUGGCGGAGAAGAAAGCAAGUCUAACGGAGAACGGGGCUGACGCGCUGGGAGUUCGCAUGCCGCAGGGCGCACUCCUUCUUGAUCACACGGCGCCGGGGCUGUGGGGGGUGCUUGCAGCGAUCGAGCGCAUGCAGCCGAUGGGGGGCUCCACGGGCGCGGGGUCGACUCCGCGCGCAGACACUGGGCCUUUUGGGGGGAGCGGCCAUCCCUCGUACUCGACAGGCGGAGGCGACAUGCUGUCGCUGAUGAUGGACGAAGGCAGCUCUGUGAACGCGUUGUUCCUCUUGAACAGCGCACACAUGCAGAUGCAACAAGCCGAGCUGAGUAUGCUUCAGGGUCUCCCGUGGGAGUCCUUCGCCGGCCGCGUUACCGUCAGCAGCGGCCAACUCGGCGUCUUCACCACGCAGAGCAUGAGAGACGCAACUGAGGCGUGUGAGCGCUCGACGCCGCAGGCGGUGCAGGCGACUGCCUCGUACUGGUACAACCGCGCUUGCGAGCUGACCUGCAGCGAACACCAGGUCGGCAUCCUCGACGUCUCCGGCGGCCCAGUCGGAUGCGUCACCGCCACAGGUAUUUCCGAAGAGGGUCAAUACGCUGUGUAUGUACUGCGGAGCGCGGAGAGCGACGAGAUUUGGGCGGUUAAGGUCGAUUUCCUCUCGUCGUGA